UCCCUUCGUAGAACCUGAUAGAAAAAGAUGACCCGAUCCUUGCUCUUGAUUUUAGGAGUAUUCUGUGCACUAGCUCUUGGCCAGCAAAUGAAGUGCUUCUCCACGACACGCUAUUAUGUUCCUCCUUUCAGAGCCAACUGGAUCCGGGCAACGGAGUACUGUUUCAGCAUUGGCAUGCGAAUCGCUAUCGUGCAGACACCGCAAGAACAUAACACCGUUGUCGAGUUGAUCAAGCAGUCCGAAAUCUUCAACAACGCGAGCACCAUCACCUGGCUGGGAGCUAGUGAUCUUGCCCGGGAAGGAACGUACAUCUGGCAUGCGACCGGAAUACGGCUUCAGUAUACCAACUGGCGACCGGGGCAACCGGACAACAUGAAUGGGAUCGAGCAUUGUUUGGCGUUGAUGAACAUUCCAGAGCAGGGUUGGAUCUGGCACGGCAAUGACGGACCGUGUGAGAAUGAGCAUUACUUCGUUUGCGAUAAUGCGGAAGCGGAUAGAUAUGGGGGGAUUUUGUAGUAUUCUGUGAAUGAAUUUUUGUUGGAAACUAAGUGAAAGAUUUUUAUUAACAUAUCGAAGUAAUGUUCAAAUGAUUUUCGUGGGAUCGCUUUAUGCUGUACGAUACACGGUCGAAAGAGCUUGGCAAAGUAACAGUGUUAAAUGAUUUGAUAAAAAAAUACCC